AUGUUCGGCUGGGGCAAGAAAGAGUCUCCACAGGCUGCCGCUGGGCCCUCACAACCCGCUGCGCCGUCCCCACCACCGCCACGAACUUUCGAGUCGCUUGUCGAGGAGGAGCUGCCAAUCCAGCGGCACUCGGUCGCGAUGCAGGGAGGAAUGCCGAGUUGCAUGACGCUCUUUGACGACUUUGUGUCCUGCUACUCUCUUGGCUCGCAGUUCAAGUCGAUCUACCGGCACGGCUCGACACGAGACUGCACGCCCAAGUUCGAGGACUUCAAGUUUUGCAUGUCGAUGCGCAAGCUGAGUGACGAGAAGCGGGAGGACCUCUGGGUCAAGCGACGGGCGGAGUGGUGGGCGCGGAGACGGCUAGGCAGGAGCAGCGAAGACGUCUGGGAUGCGAGGAAAAACCUCUACACCGAUCCGCUCGAAGAGAACCGUCAGGCAACACAAGGUGGCUCGGCAGAUGCUACCGCCUAG